CCACCACAAAGCAGCUACCGUCAUAGCUCACUUGUUGUGUAAGCACGCCCACGCGGAAAGGGCACGCCGCAGCCUUGGCGAGUGUUUAAGCGCCGGAUACAAACGAGCGCCGUUCGCAGCCAGUCGGUCGGCUGGCACGGUGGAGCGCGGACUCUCCACAGCAGGAACGAUGAGCGGAUACCUGGGCGACUUGAGCGCACGCCAGCAGGCUGCGCUCGAUAAGUUCCGCGAAGCCGUGGCCGACGUAAGGAAGCCUUCUCACACAGAUGCUUUCCUGCUGCGCUGGCUACGAGCCCGGGAGUUUGACGUGCCCAAGGCGGAACGCAUGUACCGACACGACCUCGAAUGGCGAAAGGAAAACAGCGUUGAUGAGAUAUUAGAACGCUACAAGAUCCCGGAGCUGGUCAAGGAGAAUUUCCCAGGCGCAAUACUCCACCCGUGCAAAGAUGGACGGCCUAUGUGGAUUAUUCCUGCGGGAAUCGACAUGAAAGCGUUCGUGGCGGCCCUAACCCCUGCCGUCGUACAGAAACACUGCGUCUAUAUGCUCGAAUACGCGGAAUCAUUGAAGCGGUCAGCUUCAAUAGAGGCAGUUGCGGAAUUGGAAACCCACUACCUGGUCAUUGACGUCGAAUAUUUUAGCCUGCGUCAGGUCUACAGCUGGCAGGCCGUAAAGACCAUCACGGACAUGCUGCAAAUGAUGGAGGACCACUUUCCUGAGUGCCUCGAGAAGUGCAUCAUCAUAAACGCGCCCUACUUCUUCCCCGUCAUGUGGAAGCUGAUCAAGCCCUUCUUGACACAGAGGACGACCGACAAGGUUGAAGUCUUCACAAAGGCUGAACCCUGGAAGGAGCGCCUUGUGGGCAUUGUUGGCGCAGCUUCCCUGCCCGUCCACUGGGGUGGAGAUAUGAUCGGCCCGGACGGAGACCCACGGUGCCGGCACAAGAUAAACUACGGUGGUCGCUUCGAAGAGGGCCCCGAAACGAGGGGGUUGACGCUAUUCGACGAGCCAGGCGUCCAGAAGCAGACCAUAGGUCGGCGAGACCGCUGGGAGUUCGAGGUGAACGUGUCGCACGAGGGCGUGCAGCUUAACUGGUGUUUCCAGACUGCGGCGGGCGACGUGGGCUUCGGCCUGCGCAUGCGCGACGGAGAAUCCCUGCUGCCCCUGCGACGCGUGGACGCUAGCAGCCAAAUACCUCAGGAAGGCAGCUGGCGCUGCGCCAAGGCUGGAACAUAUGUGCUGGAGUUCGACAACUCCUACAGCUGGCUGAUGGAAAAGAAGUUGGCCUACGUCGUGAAAUUGCAAGCACCGGACGAGAGUACCUAGCCAUCAUUUCACUUCAUCGAGCUACGUACCUUAUGAUGUACCAAAUAAAGACAUCUAC